AUGGAUCCGCCCGAGGAGGUGCGGGCGCAGCUGCAGCGGUGCGGACAGGACCAUCUGCUGCGGUUCUGGGCCGAGCUGGACGCAGCGCAGCGCGGGGCGCUGCUGGCGGCGCUGCCGCCGGGGCUGGGCGAGCACUGCCGGCUAGCGGCGGCGGCCGGGGCCCGCCAGCGCGGCCCGCCCGAGCGCCUGGACGGCCGGAUGGAGCCGCUCCCCGCCGAGCUGCUGGGCAGCGCCCGCCGCAGCGGCCCCGCCGCGCUGCAGCGUUGGGAGGCGGAAGGUUUACAUCAGAUCUCACAGAAUAAGGUGGCAGUGCUGCUCCUGGCUGGAGGACAAGGAACCCGCCUGGGAGUCAGCUAUCCCAAGGGCAUGUACAACGUGGGGUUGCCCAGUGGCAAGAACUUGUAUCAGAUCCAAGCAGAGAGAAUACGCAAAGUGGAGCAGAUUGCUGGCGAGAGACACCACUGUAAAUGUGCUAUUCCCUGGUACAUCAUGACGAGUGAGUUCACGCUGGGGCCAACAGAAGAGUUUUUUGCACAACACAACUACUUCAACUUGGAUAUGUGCAAUGUUGUCAUGUUUGAACAGAGGAUGCUGCCUGCUGUCACCUUUGAUGGGAAGGCCAUCUUGGAGGAGAAAGGGAAAAUUGCCAUGGCUCCAGAUGGCAAUGGUGGCUUAUACCGUGCUUUAAUGGAUAAUAAGAUCUUGGAUGAUAUGAAGCAGCGUGGAAUCCAGUAUGUCCAUGUAUAUUGUGUGGACAAUAUCCUCGUGAAAAUGGCAGAUCCAGUCUUCAUAGGUUUCUGUGUUUCCAGAGGGGCAGACUGCGGUGCAAAGGUAGUGGAGAAGGCCUACCCCACAGAGCCUGUUGGGGUGGUGUGCUGUGUGGAUGGCGUGUACCAGGUGGUGGAGUACAGCGAGAUCAGCCUGGAGACUGCACAGCAGCAGCGCCCUGAGGGGGGGCUGAUGUUCAGUGCUGGCAACAUCUGUAACCACUUCUUCACUGUUGAGUUCCUGGAAAGAGUGGCCCAGAAAUGGGAGUCACAGCUGAAGCAUCAUGUAGCCAUAAAGAAGGUGCCCUACAUUGACAAGGAGGGAAAUCUGGUAAAACCGCUAAAACCGAACGGGAUAAAGCUGGAGAAGUUUGUGUUUGAUGUGUUCCAGUUCUCUAAGAAUUUUGUGGCAUUUGAAGUUCUGAGAGAAGAGGAGUUCUCGCCACUAAAAAAUGCAGACACAGCUGACAAAGAUACUCCUACCACUGCUCGGCAAGCCCUCCUGGCCCAGCAUUACCGCUGGGCUCUCAAGGCUGGGGCCAGAUUUGUGGAUGAAAAUGGUUGCAGGAUACCAGAAAAACUCAGUCUCUCAGGAACUGAAGAUCCCCCAGCUGUGUGUGAGAUUUCUCCAUUAGUGUCUUACUUUGGAGAGGGUCUGGAGGUGUACAUGAAGAACAAAGAGUUCCCUUCUCCCUUUGUACUCGAUGAAAACAAAGUGGAAAUGCUGGAAAAUUCUUGAAGUGGGAAGCCUUCCCCUCUCAAAUCAGAUCCAUGUUUGUCAGAUCCAUUAUAAGAACUGACAGUACUAAAAUGUCAGCUAUGAAGUGCAUUAUAAAAAAGAAUUGCUUUGCAGUGUCUGAUUGAUGCCAAAUCCUUGCAGCAGUUGUGAUUGCACACAUGUGCAAGCUCCCCAGUUCUUUUGGUAACUUUGAAGGCGUUGCCUUUUAUCUCAGUCUGUUCUGUAUACUUGGAUGUGAGUGUGGAUUAACACUUUAUGGGUGCUAAACAGAUCCUACAUUUCUUAUUUGCUGUUGCAUAUGAAUAUGGAAAAGAGCCAGUCAUGGCCUGAUAAAUCAGCUUUGCCUUCAAGAAGAUUCAGUUUCUUCAGUGCCUUUUUAGGUAUCUUGUUUGUGUUGGUGUAGUUGUUUUUUUCGUUUGGUUUUGUUUCUUUGUUUCUAAUCAUGUUCACAGCUGCCGUCAGUUUGAGGUCUCAUCCUGAAAAGUAUGGAAGGACUUUGGAUACUGAGGUUUUCCCUCCAGCAGUCAGGUUUUUUUCCCAAGAAGAGAACACAGGAUUAACUUUCUGCCAUGGUUAAAAAACAGUGCAUUUCUUCAAAAGAUUGUCCAGAAUAGGAUAUCCAUUUUUUUGUUGCUGUGCCUAAGCAUUGCUUGAGGCUUGGAGUCCAAAGUAGUACUAGCUUUAUAUCUGGGCUUGGUGGUGCCAUGUCUGCCUAGACUGAUUUCUCCUUACAGUUGUAAUGACUUGGGGUUUUUUAAUUAAAAAAAAAAAAAAAAAAAAAAAGAGAGAAUAUUUUCACAACCCUCUGCCCUUCCUGACUUUGAAAAUUUUCCUUUUAAUUUCCUGUUUAAUAUGUACUAUAUCCCUCAGACAAGGCUCUCUUGAGGUACCUGAAAAUAGUAAGAGAAACAAAUCCCAGUGGUGGAAUUUAAUGCCUAACCAAAACAAAACAAAAAACCCCCUUACUCUCAGCAUCAACAGGGUACACAGUAAAACACCAGCCUCUGCUUCUACAGUUUUUGCCCAGGUGAUUUUCCAGCACUCUUUCACUUAGGAAAUAAUUUCAUAGAUGCCUUUCUUUUAGAUAUGUUACUAACCAUAAUGUAAAGAUAAGUGUCUGCUAAUGAAGGGCACUAAUUGUCAGAACAUACUGUAGUGUGUCAACUCAGCCCUGUUCAAGGGGUGCCAGGGUAGCCCUGACCCUUGACACCACAGUGAUUCUUCCUGUUCAGUUUUUGGACACUGCCCCGAAAAGCUUUCGCCCAUCUGAUGCAGAACUUGCGCUGAGCAUAUCAGAGCCAUUUCAGCCUUGGUGAGGAUGCAUCAGCUGCACUCUGGUGGAUGGCCUUUGCAUCAGAAAUAUUCCAUAGUCUUCCCCUAAACGUGGUAUUAGGGAAGGUAGCAAGAAAGAGGUUUAAUCUGAAAUGUUAUUCUAUGCAUCAGCUUCUACUGAGGAAUUGCUUAUGGUAUUUCAUUAAGCAUAAUUAAGUUUUAUGGCUUUCUGCAAUUUCUGAUGUGAAGCUCUCUUCAGAAUAAUAGAGAAAGGAAUGGGGAAGUAUAAAAAUUACUUUGAGAGUAACUACAGUUUGUAAGUAUGCUCAAGUUUUCCAAAGAAAGCAUCUAAAUGUCAGUAUCAGGGGUUUUGGUUAUAAAGUGUUUUUGCAUGACCUUGAGUAAAGAUCUUUUUACACAUGCAGACUGGCUAAUGACAGUUCUGAUUACCUCGGUUGGCAUGUGCAGGCAGUAAUUCACAGUUUUAGUAUAAAUGAAGCAUUUGUCCUUGUCACCCAAUUCUGUAGUCUUUUUGCAAUGUUUCUAUGACACAUUCCAUUCCUGUCAGUCAAGUUUUGUAUCUGAGAACAAAUUCUGUUGUAUAUUUGUGAGUAUUGCUCAGCAAUUCAAGCACACACUGCUUUUACAUUGCACUGUGCUAUAAAGAUUUCUUUUGCUUUUUCUAAAGUUCUUCCUCUUUGGAAGCUUCAGUCUCCAUACACACAGAACAGAGCUGCUAACAUGGUUUUCAAGGUUGUUUUCGAGGAGAAGCUAAAUUAGAAUGCUGAAUGCCUUGUCUCUUGUGUUUUUUAUUUUCUUUGACUCUUCACAUUUUAAACUGGAACAUAGAACCAAUUUUGAGAGAACUUUACACAAAAAAAACCUCCCACCAAACUGUUCUGUAUGUAAUAAAGUCUUUGUAUGCAUUAUAAAAUGAAAAAAAAAAAAGUACCUGAAACAAGGAGAAGGCCUGUAGUACUCCAGAAAGUAAUGGACAUCUAAACAUUUUUAACAAUAAAGAAGUUA